AUAGAUGGCUGUGCUAUAGGACUGAUCAGAGUGGGAGGAAGGAACAGUAGGACAUUUCUACAUGGCUACACAUAGAUUAGAGAUCGAAUAAUACUAAUAGUACUCCUCGUUACCGAGUAUUCAUCGUUUAUAACAACUGAAUAGGGCCAGGGGGAGAGAACCACAUCAUACCAGGCCAGCAUCAGACUCUAGGACCAUACUGGAUAUAAUGGAAUUAUCGUAAUGUAAUGUUAAUCAAGCAGUGGUGUACUGAAAUAGAGGCCUUCGAGGGUUCACCAGCCCGGUGACGCAGCGUAAGCUGCGCGAUCGUCGUCGUACUCAGCAAAGGAUGCUACCGCCCCCUAGCAACACUUUGAGAAUGCCUCGACAACCAAGACCAGGCCGUAUGGCCGUCAUUGUUGAAUCGUUGAAGAAUGGACUCCUUGACUCGAUACGGACCAGCAAUGAGAAGCUAGAGAUGAUGAAAGAACAUCAAGAAGAGACAAAGACUACAGAUAAAUCAAGACAGGGAUUCCAUUACAAUUUGGACAAGCAAACUAAAGCAGCUGAACGGUUUAUAAGGAAACUCCAAUUUCAUCUUGCCAAAGUAGAAGAGCUUCAGGAGUUGUAUGAGAAGGAGCUUAAAGUCAGAGAAGGUGCGGUCAACAUGGUUAAAGCAUAUCACGAUGCCCAUUCACCUAAAGCCAAGGAGCCUGUGAGUGAGGCUAAGGUUGGGGUUCGAGACUGCACGCAAGCAUUGUGCCAUAUGGAGGCUGAAUUGGAGGCUAAUCUUGGUGCCUUUGUAUUAAAGAUUGAGGGUAUUGCUGGGUUUGCACGAGUGACAAGAGGCGAUGUCUUUGAAAUCACUUUCAAGUAUGGCUUUCAGAAGUGGAAGACGAAAUGUAAGGUAGAGAAGGAUCUAAGUCAGACGUGGGAAGGUGAUGAGAUUGUGCUUUAUCCUAUGGUUGGAGACUUCCUCACGAUAAAGGUCACAGAGAUCAGGGGUAUUGCAAGAGCCAACGUCACCAUUGGAAACCUGGAGUUUGAUACGUCAGAUUUCUAUGGAGCAGAACCGCAAAACUUGACUAUAGAUGUGAAUGAAACUGGAACAAUUAAACUGAACAUUAUUGUUACAUGGAGCCCCUUCCAUGUGGAUGAAGAAGAUCUCAAACAGCUCAACAAGAACUCGUAUCACCGGAGAGAAAGGACACUAACAGAUUCUAUGAUCAAUGUUCAUCAAAAGAGAUUAAGUACAGCAUCAACAUCCUCUUCCUCCGACACUCCACACUCACCGAUGCGUCCAAAACAAAAUAAGCCAGUAGAGAUCUCAUCGUCACCAACCUUAACAUUAGAGGAAGCAUUACACAACGUUGUUCGCUUAUUGGAGAUCUUAACGGGACAGUAUAGUGAACUGAGACCAUUAGAACAACAGAUAACUCAUCUAGACUCAUUCCUCAAGAAGAAUCUUGAUAAGAAGCGUCGUGAGUCAACCAUCAGUCUUUCAGUCAAGAACGCUUUAGAUAGUUUUGACUUCCUGAAUGAGAUAGAUGAAGGUCUGAGUGAAACAGUUGAUUCGUCUAGCAUGGAAGAAACAAAUCGCAAGAAUGCCUUUGAUAAUGUUGACGGUGUAGCCGUGUCGUCAGACCGUCUUAGUGACUCGACAUGUAUAGAAGAGGACCUCCCAUCACAGGUGGAGCUUCGUGGCAUCAGGUCACCAUCCAGCAACUCAUCUGUCAAGAGAAGCAGCAGGUUUCUGGACCUUAGUGAGAAGAGGGAGAGUCGUAUGCUGGAGCUGAACGAGCAGCGGGGGAACCGUCUCCUAGAGUCUCCAGCAGAUAGUUCGUUCGGGAGCAUGAAGCGUCUUCCUGGUUCAGAAGAGAACUUGACGACAGGAAGUGAAUCCAUUGAUGUGACUCUUACUCAUCAUCUCAUGUUUACGGAAUACCUGUUGAGUCAUCUUGGUGCAUUUGGUCCCCUCAAACUGAAGGAGACGAUAGCAUUGAACAAGCUCCAGCAGCAAGCGGCAAUCAUCGAGCAGCUGAUUGUGCUAGCAGUCAGCGGCGUCCAUGUCAGCUCGGCGGACGAAGGUAUUAGCAGUCGUACCCAUCGUAUACUAGGGCUGGUUCUUCCGGAAUUGAAGCUGAAUCUACCACUCUUGGAAUUCUGGGAACAAUGCAGAGAGAAGGAGGCCCUCUAUGUGAAUGCCGACUCGUUUCUUCUUCAGCUGGAUGUGAAGUUUGGAGCUAAACUCCGAACGAAUCACCCUGAGAUUGCAGAUGAUGUAUUCCAUAGUGUGUGCAAUAGGAUCAUAGAGAGACCCGCAGACUUGAUGAGCCCUAAGACUAUUAUCACAUUAUUCCAAUACGUCUCCUACUUCACACAAGAGAACAGACGGCAUCCGGAGAAAUGUCUUAAUGACAUCACCAAUGAAUUUGAAUUAACAGCAAGUUUAGAACCCGGUAGACCCGAGCUCCUGCGAACCAUCAAGAGGAUUCCCAAAGGCUUUCUCCUACCAGCGGGUAACCUGAGGGCGCUAGGUUUAUUGCUCCUAGAGGACAGCGCCACCGUGCAGGCAGCGGUCAGAAUGUAUCUAGAAUCCAUUGCUAAAGAAGACGACAUCAGACAGAAGGCUGUGACAGUGUACCUGGAAUGCCUUGAGGAAAGAGAUCUGUCGCUACGUCAGGCUGGUUGUGCAGCUCUAGCUGCUAUGCAGGCAUCAGAGUCAUUUGAACAGUUGGUGUAUUUAGUACGCUGUGAUAUUGACGAUGUGAAGACCACAGCCAAGGAAGCUCUUAUGGCAUUUGGUGAGGAAGGAAGGCUAGCUUAUGAACAAGUAUCCUACUCUCCAUAUGUGGCCUAUGAACACCAGUAUACACCGAAUGGUGCUCCGUUGAUGACAACUGAGUUAUAGCAUCGGUACGCACUCAACAGUGCUCUGAUUUUUACUGAAGCUUAAUACACUAGCACUAGUAUACGCUCAAGGAGUGUUCUGCUAAAGACUACUGCAAUAUAGCACCAGUAAACACCCAACAGUGUUCUUGCUAAAGUGUUUGGUGUUAUGGUUCCAUCAUGCACCAAGCAUGUUCUGCUACAGAUUAGUGCAUCAUAGCACCUGAAUACACUCAACAGUGUGUGUUUUGCAACUAAUUACACCUUUAUGGCACCAAUGGACACUUGCCAUGUUCUGAUGAUGAAUAUGGCACCGUAAAACUAUUAUACGCUCAACCAGUGCUCUCCUACAGACUACAGCAUUUUAGCACAAGUAUACACCUGGCAGUUUUGGGGCUUAGGGUAACGGCAUUAAAGCACCAGUAUAGACUCAAUUGUGUUCUGGAUAACACUACAACAUUGACUCACCAGUAUGACACCACCAGCUUACACCUGACAUUGAACCAGAAUAAACAGUAUUAUAUUAACACUUAAAUGGUUACUUAAUGAUGACUUCAUGUUUAGUAUGUGCCAGAUUUCUUUACAUAAGAGAGUGAAUAAGGUUUUAAUUCCCAGUUAAAGUAAUCAGUCAUUAAAUUAAGAAGUUUUCAUUAACCGAAAAUGAUUAAUAAAACACCACUGAUUAUUAAAAAAAUCUACUCUUUCUUGUGAUAUAAAUCUAAAAAUAUCCUUAAUGAUAAUAUCUAUUAUCAGAGUUCAUCUAAAUCUGUAUUUUACUUCUGCCGAUAUUGUGGCAUGUGACCUCAAUUCCGUCACGAUUUAUUCCAUUUGUUCCUAUUUCACUUAUCUAUUCAUAGCAAACAUGCUUGAUAAAAUUAAUCACAUCUUUCCAUGACGUUUUUUUCCUUCCUCUUUCAUCUAUACCACCCUCUUUCUGAUCCAAUAUGCUUUUGGCUUGUGUACAUAUGUUCGGAAACACUCGGUCUAAUUUCAUGAAGUGUUGUCUUUAAACCCUUAAAGUCCACAUUUCAUUUGUUUGGCUGGAACCUGGGCCAUUUUCCUGAAGUUGUAAUAUCUACUUUGAGUUUCACUUGAUGGAAAUCCUUUCCAGACUGAUUACCAUUUUGUCUUUGCCAGAUUAAAGAAGAGCCCGAGUACCGUAUAGACUGAUAGAGCCAACAAAAUUGGAUGUUAGACAAACUUGGUUUUAGAACAAGUGGAAUACAAAUAGUAAAGAUUAAUUUUUGUAGAUCGAUUAAUUAUUGUAGACACAAAGGGCGGUAUUCUGAUAGCAUGGUUUAGUUAAACCUGGCUUAACUUAGACCACACUUUUAUGGAAUGCCAGUUGUCAACUCAAUCACCAAUUAAAAAAUUUUCUUAUCCUGCUGCAAAAAUUGUUUUAAAAAAAUGAGUUAGUCAUGAAAUGGAAAUAAUAGGACAAUACAAAGAUAUGAACUUUAAUGAAUUAAUUGAUACAUUAUAAUUGCCAUGAAUAUGGGAGAAAUACAUGUAUUAUGAAGCCCAGCAUUCCAUAAAAGUGUGGUUUAAAAUCCUGGUUUCGACAAGGUUUAAACCUAGGUUGAUCAGAAUACCAGCCAAUGAAGUUAGACCAUGUUUAGUUCACUUAGUUGUUAAUUAGACCGAGUGGAGACAGAAGAAUUGAGUGUGCACCCUGAACACAUAAACCGUUCAUUUCAAUUUCCUUCUCUUCAUUACUUUCACAAAGGGUUUCUUUCAUACCUCAUCUUUCCAUGAACUCAUGUGGUAAUAUGAAGAAAAAAGGCCCAGUUACAAAUAUGUGAUACCAAAUGUAAUACUGAGCACAAUGUCAGAUAUGUAGUAUAUCCAAAUCAUGUAUAUUGAUGAGAACGUCUGUACACCAGUAUUGGUUAUAUGCCUCUGCCUAAAGGAUGUCAGAUGCAUGUGUUUAUUCCUAAAUAUUGGUUAUGUAUUGUUUGUUUUUCUUCAUGAAACUGUGGUGCUAGCAAUCAACUAUCCAAAUAAUCUCUUGAUACAUAACACUUGUCAUAUCUCUGUGACAGUAUGAUGUUAAAGGGUACUUUGCAAGAGCUUAGAUUUUAUGUGUGAAACGGGUAUCAAAAAGAUUCGUAUUUGCUUUUUCUGUAUUAUGUAAGGUGUAUAAGCCUGCUUGAUUUAUUGUAUGGCAAUCAUCACAAUGUGCAUUUUCCAGCAGGGAUGCCAGGAGGGAUGUGCGGAGUUUGAUUUAAUCUGGGAUAUUUACAUUUUCUCUCUGAGAGAGAAAAAAAUGUAUUUAACAAUCGUUCUUUAGUUGAUAACCUGAGAAUCAUGGUAUUACCACUAAAACAUUUCAAUAUGUGAAACAAUUUAAGGAGAAGUGUGUAGCUUCCUUCUUUCAAUCAUGGUCAGUGAAUAGAAUCAUAUUCUUCCGGUUCCAUGUAGGAAGGAAUGCCAGAGGUAACCAUUUCACUUCAUGAUAAUAAUAAUAAUAAUAAUAGGCAUUUAUGUUGCGCAAUCUAUCUAGAAAUAAUCUAUUCCGAGGCACGUUAUUAUUAUUUUACCCAAGCUUUAGCUAGAGCUGCCUUCCAGCGCUCAGUGCAUUUCAAGGAAUUAAUCCUGCUGGGUACCCAUUCACCUCACCUGGGUUGAGUGCAGCACAAUUUGUGUAAAUUUCUUGCUGAAGGAAAACACGCCAUGGCUGGGAUUCGAACCCACGUCCCUCUGAUUGAGAGAAGAGAGUCGUAACCACUAGACCUCGAUGCCCCCACAUGCCUCAGUAAAUCAAUCAAACAGGAAGAAUAUAUCAUCCCAUUUAUUACUAAUCACUCACAUUAAAUUCAAAUUAUUGGUAAAAUUUGAGAUGUCAAGGAGUCAAUUUCGGUUUGGUGUCAAUCUUACGUAAUCACACUGUAAUAUUGGUUUAAUAGCGAAAAACCACAAGGCCACCUUCUAAACCAUGCUUUGAUAAAAGGCAUCUUCAGAAUCAUUAAUUAGCAAAUGCUAUGUAAUUGAUUAAUAAGACGAUAUGAAUUGUAAAUAUGAAAGUUGAAGCUCUUAGAGCUUAAUUUGGAGAUAUCCUUGCCAACUAGUUUAUUUCUAUUCCCUAUUUGGCAAAGUGCACAUGGCAUACAUUAUAUGUUUAUUUAUUGAGUCGUAUCAUUGUGGACCUACGUAGUCUUAAUACUAUGUACUGAUGCAUAUAAUGCAUCUUUGGACAAGAUGAACUAUUUUUUAUGAAAGAAAAUGAUUUGUGAAUAUUGAUCAGUAAUUCAGAAAAUUUAAGAAAUAUAAGAUAAAUAAUGUAUGUAAUUUGUAUAUAUGCAAUUGAAAGUGGAUUUUAAUGUUCACCUAUGGUCGUUCACUAUUCCUAUGCAUUAUAUAGAAAUAUGAAAAUACCAACUUACCCUUUUGAAUGAGUUAAAGUCGAAUCCAAUCUUGUGUAUUGGUUCUGGAGUACCCUUUAUAUUGCCAAGCUACUGUAGAAAAUUGUAAGUAUGUAGGUUGUUGUCUCGAACACAGAAUGCAUAGUAAUCACAAUGUUUUCAAUAAAUAUUGUCACUAUUUUCGUAUUAGAAUGAAGAUUGGGCAUAAUUGAAGAUUUCUAGUGAUCACAUGAGUUUUGUAUACUUACCAUACAAUUCAUUUCGGGCAUUGAUAUUUCAUUAAUGAUGCAUUUUGUAAGUCAUAUACACCAUUUGUUGCCAUAGCUAUUUCACUUAGGCCACACAAACUUUAAUAGAUGACCAGAUUAUGAUAAGAAAAGAAACACUGUAUAUUUCUUAUUUCUCCAUAAGCUGCAUAAAUUCUUUCUACUAUUUAAAGCCCAGUCUUCUUUGAACUGAAUCAUGACGAUUCAAACCAUGUGAUUUCAUUGUUUCAUCUUUGAAACCCAGAACUUUCCGACAAAUGUGACUUUCUCCUUUACUUACAUAGUCAUGGAUACCAAUUUCUUUUGUUUCAUUUGGAAAUGGAAUCAGUGGAGCUAUGAUUAAUACAUUCCCUCUUUGUUUUCUGUGUCUUCAAUUAAGUAAAGACAACAUGGUACAUUCAUCGAUAUCAUCAUCAUCAUAAUCACCACCACCACCGCUGCCACCAACUACUAUCGUCGCUAUUGUCAGCAUCACUACCACCAACAUCAUCAUCAUCAUCAUAAUCAUCGUCUUCAUCACCACCAUCAUAAUCAUCGUCUUCAUCACCACCACUUCCAAUGCCCCCAGCACCAGCACCACCAUUAUCCUCUUGAUAUUUUCCCCAUUGAUUAAAUAUGCAUGAGAGACAAGAAGCAUGCAUCAUCAUCUUAUCAUCAUUAUCACCUCCACCAAUGCCCCCAACACUCGCAACACCAGCAUUAUCCACUUGAUAUCAUCAUUGAUCAAGUGUGCUUGAGAGACAAGAAGCACACAGAAUUGUUGUAAGAUCUAAGUUGUCCUAUUGGUAUGGAUAAGUGCCGGGAUGUUUAGCUCCAUGAUUGGACCUUGUAUACCAGUGUACUGGUUCCUACUUUCCUUAUUGACAGGUGGUCUUCGGCACAAUGACUCGAUUCCCCAUCAUCAUCAUCAUCUUCCACCUAUAUCAUUUUAAAUGCCUCCUUUCGGGUUCCAUAUCCCAGAACCCUCAAGUAAAUUUCAGUUGUGGUUACUGUGUCUUUUUUUAAACUUCCUUUAUGCAGGUGUCACAUCUCUGAAAAAUGUUGAGAAAAAAAAAAUCUUAAAUGUAACUAUAAAUGCUUUGAAGCAAAGCUGAGGAAGGAUAGCUUAUAGGCCAAUGUUCAGAUUCUGAGAAAGUGAAGUGGCGUCUAACCCACUGAAUACUUUCUUUAUAUUCCAAUUCUGAAAUUUCAUGUAUUUGCAUGAAAGAAGGAAAUAUGCAUGUACCUGUCUCUGAAAAAAUAAAU